CAGAUCAGAGGCCGCCGUGGCUCAGCGGGGAGGAGGCCACAACCUCGGACAUGAGCGCCGCAUCCUGCGUGAGGAAGCUGGCCCGGCCCCUGCUCGAGGCCAUCAGCGACAAGGACCCGGUGGUGCAGGAGCAGGUGUGUGGGGCGCUGUGCUCCCUUGGGCAGGAGCGGCCCGUGGAGAUGCUGCAGGCCUGCGAGGAGUUCCUGCGGCAACAGGACAAGCUGGCACCCCCGUACCGCGCGAUGGUCCUGAGGGCCAUGGGGACAGUCCUGAACAGUCACACGUGCAAGCUGGAUGAGGCCACGGCCAGCACCGUCCUCCUGCUGGCGUCCAGUGAGAUGACCAGGACCAAGGAGCUGGUUGGAGACUGGCAGCCGGCGGCGAGCAGUGUACUGGUGGCUGUGGGCAAGCAUGUCAUCAACCCUGUGAUGGAGGAGGUGCUGAGCAAGUUGCAGCCGGGGCUUCUGCCUCACCCACUCGUGCUGCAGACCUUAGCUGGCCUGUCAGUCUCCAACGUGUUUGGCACAGUGCCCUUCUUGCCGUCCAUCCUGAGCACCAUGCUGCCCAUGCUGGGCAUGGCCAAGCACGACACCAUGCGAGCUGUGCUGUGCUGCGCCCUGCAGCACUUUAGUGAGAGUGCCCUGGAGUACCUCGCCAACCUGGACCAGGCCCCAGACCCCACUGUCAGGAAGGACACCUUUGCUGCUGACCUCGCCAGCGCCUAUGAUGUCCUCUUCCACCAUUGGCUGCAGAGUCGAGAAGCCAAGCUCCGGCUUGCUGUGGUGGAGGCCCUGGGGCCCAUGAGCCACCUGCUGCCUGGGGAGAAGCUGGAGGAGCAGCUCCCCAAGCUCCUGCCUGCCGUCCUUGGGCUCUACAAGAAGCACGCAGAGGCCUUCCACGUGUCCAAGAGCCUGGGCCAGAUCCUCCAGGCAGCCGUGAGCGUGGGCAGCCGCACGUUGGAGGCGCAGCUCGACACCCUCCUGGCGGCGCUGCACAUGCAGAUCUGUGUGCCUGUGGAGUCCUCUAGCCCCAUGGUACAGAGCAACCAAAAGGAGGUGCUGCGCUGUUUCACCGUGCUGGCCUGCUGCCUGCCCGACCGCCUGCUGGCCUUCCUGCUGCCCAAGCUGGACAGCAGCAAUGAGAGGCUCCGUGUGGGCAGUCUGCAGAUCCUGAGACAUGUCAUCAACACGGCUGCCGCCCAGAUGGAAGUGAAGAAGCCAUUCAUCCUGUCUUCCAUGCGCCUCCCGCUUCUAGACACCAACAGCAAGGUCAAGCGGGCCGUGGUACAAGUGAUCAGUGCCAUGGCACACCACGGCUACCUGGAGCAGCCUGGAGGCGAGGCGAUGGUCGAGUACCUGGUGCAGCAGUGUGCGUUGCCCCCAGAGCAGGAGCUAGACCCUGACCCCGAGGAUGUCCCAGCCGACAGCGUCAGGGCGGUCAGCGUACGCACCCUCUACCUGGUCAGCACCACUGUGGACCGGAUGAGCGAUGUUCUGUGGCCGCACCUCCUUGAGUUCCUCACUCCCGUCCGCUUCACUGGGGCCCUGACCCCGCUCUGCAGGAGCCUGCUGCACCUGGCAUUGAAGAGGCAGGAGGCAGGAGCUGACGCCUUCCUCAUCCAGUUUGAUGCCCAUGGGAACCUCCCGUCUCCCUAUGCCGUCACCACGAGACUUCUGGUUGUGUCUGCCAACCCCUACCUGGGGGACGGGCGUGGGACAGCCUCACUACGACUCCUACAUGUGCUGCACCCCAACAUCCACCCUUUGCUGGGUCAGUAUUGGGACAGUGCAGUGCCCCUGCUCCUGAAGCAUCUGGACGAGCACACUGAGGAAACGCUGUCUCAGAAGGAGUGGGAGGCUCGGCUGCUGCUGUUCCUGCAGGACACCCUGGCUGCUGUCUCGGACAACACAUGGGUCUGCCAGCUGAGCUUGGAGAUGUGCAAACAGCUGGCCUACUAUGACGGGGCUCCCCGGGAGAAGAACUUCCUGUACAAGUGUGUAGGGGCCACCCUGCGUGCUGCGUCCAGCAAGGAGGUGGUGAGGAAACACCUGAGGGAGCUGCUGGAGAAUGCCAGAUACCAGGAGGAGGCAGAGCGCGAGGGCCUUGCCUGUUGCUUCGGGCUCUGUGCUGUCUCUCACCUUGAGGACACACUGGCCCAGCUGGAGGACUUCAGCAGGUCAGAUGUAUCCCGCAGGUCCAUCGGCAUCCUCAACAUGUUCAAGGACCGGAGCGAGAAGGAGGCGGACAGGGUGAGGUGUGCGCUGGUCCUGUGCUACGGGCACGUCGCAUCCCAGGCGCCCCGCGAGCUGCUGCUGGCCAAGGUGGAGUCCGACAUCCUCCGGAACAUGUUCCAGGCCUUUAGCACCAAGGUUCUGGGAAUAAAGGUAGACAGCAAGGACCCUGCCCUGAAGCAGUGCCUGGUCCAGAGCCUGUACAUGGUGUGCCAGGCUGUGCACAGCGGCGCGCAGGCCGGCAGCUUCCAGUUCUGCAGGAAAGCAGAGCUGGUGGCCCAGCUGAUGGAGUUCGUCAGGGCGGAACCCCCAGACUCCCUGCGAACACCCAUCCGGAAGACAGCCAUGCUCACCUGUGCCUGUCUGGUCUCCCUGGAGCCGGCACUGGAGGAGCAGGCCCAGGCAGACAUGGCCCGCGGCUGCCUGCACAGCAUCAUGGCCCUGCCACCUGAGCCCCAGGAGGAAGACGCCAGCUGCUGGGAGCUCCUGUACCUGGACAGCCUGAGUGCCCUGGAGGACUUGUUGCGGAGUUUGCUACGAAGUAACAUGACGCCCCACGGUUUACAGGUCAUGGUGGAGCACCUGAGCCCGUGGAUCAAGUCCGCAAGGGCCCACGAGCGGGCGCGGGCCUUGGCCCUCAGUGCUGCUCUGCUGCGCCACUUCCUGGAGCACUUGCGUGUCAGCGCCCUGGUGCCCUUCCACAACCUGGGCUUACUGGUCGGCCUUUUCUCUCCACGGUGUGCGGACCUGAGGCCUGCCAGUCGCCAGGAGGCCGUGGACUGCGUGUACCUGCUGCUGUACCUCCAGCUGGCCUACGAGGGCUUCUCCCGAGACCACCAGGAUGACGUGGUGGAAAAGCUCCCCCCACUCAAAGAGGGCCUCAAGCACCCAGAUCCCACCGCCCUCCUGUACACUUGCCACAGCAUUGCCCAGGUUGUGGCCAGGCGCCUCCCGCCAGACCAGCUCAUCAGUUUGUUGCUGACCAUGUUUGAGGGGCUUGCGGACCCUGACAAGAGCUGCUCUCGUGCUGCCAUGGUCAUGAUCAACUGCCUGCUGCAGGAGCGAGGUGGGGCGCUGCAGGAGAAGGUCCCUGAGCUUGUGAAUGUGCUGCGCUGCAAGCUGCGGGAGGCCCCCGAGGAGCACGUGCUGCCAGCGGCCCAGCACAGCGUGUACCUGCUGGCCAGCCAGCACUGUGCCGCCGUGGUGUCCAGCCUCCUCGGCAGCACCCUGCCCUUCGACAGCCACACCUGUGCCCUGUGGCGGGCACUGGCUGUGGAGCCGGCUCUCAGCACCCGGGUCCUGGGACUGCUCCUGGACAAGCUGGCCAAGGACGUGCCCUUUAAGGAGAGCAGGACCUUCCUGCCAGGCAGCACUGCAGACCGAGUGGCCACGCUACUGCCCCUCGCGGCCACCUGUGCACUCCGAGAGGUCGUGUCUGCCCCCGCGUCUGGGCCCGCAGUGCUGCAGCUCUUUCCACAGCUCUUCGUGGGCCUUCUGCUGCGGGUCAGCUGCACCGUGGGUGUCCAGCUGCCCCGGAACCUGCAGACCAAGGAGAGGAGGGGUGCCGCCUCGGCUGCCGGAAGCCUGGAGCCCUGCAGCUCUGCGGUGGAGGCUCUCAGGGCCGUGCUGCUUCAAGGCAGUUGCAAGGACGUGGAGCAGUGCCUUGAGCAGGACGGGGGCUGGGCACUGCUGAGGACCUCUGCGGGCCACGAAGAGGGAGUCAGCCGCCUGGCCAGCGCCAUGGCCAGGUACGCAGGCCCCCGGCUCCCCCUGGUGAUGAAGUCCCUGGCAUGCCCACAGGGCAGCCUGCUCGAGGUCCAGAGGGUUACCUGCACUGCCUUUCUGGCUGAGCUGCUCAGCAGUAAUGUAGCUGAUGACCUGACCCUCCUGGAGUCGCUGCUGGAUAGCCUGGUGGCGUGGCAGCAGGACCCCUGUGUGGGCGUGCGGCGGCUGGUGCUCCGCGGUCUGUCUAACAUGGUCUCCGGCUGCCCUGCUAAGGUGCAGGCCCACGGCCCGCUGUUGCUCACAGCCAUGGUCAGUGGCCUGGAUGACGGCGACCACCCCCACAGCCCGGUUGCCCUCGAGGCCAUGGCGGGGCUGGCGCGGCUGGUGGACCUGGUGGAGCUGCGAUCUGUCCUGCUGCACGUGGCCAUCCGGAUCCGGCCCUUCUUCGACAGUGAGCAGGUGGAGUUCCGGACGGCAUCCAUCCGCCUCUUUGGGCACCUCAGCAAGGCGUGCCACGGGGCCUGCAAGGACGUGUUCCUGGAGCAGGUGGUGGGGGGGCUGGCUCCCCUGCUGCUCCACCUGCAGGACCCGCAGCCCCCCGUGGUGGGCGCCUGCAGGUUUGCGCUGCGCAUGUGUGUCCCCAACCUGGACUGUGAGCAGUUGGAGGCCGUGUUCCGGCAGCACCUGCAGGAGGGCCGCAGCCUGCACUUCGGGGAGUUCCUCAACGCUACCUGCCGGCUCCUGAUGCGCGGCUUCCCGGACCUGCUGGGCCGCCUGGUGAGCACCAGCCUCUUCUACUUCAAGAGCAGCUGGGAGGGCGUGCGCGCUGCAGCCCCACUAUUCACCGGGUUCCUGGUGCUGCACGCGGACCGGGAGUUCCUCCCGCAGGUGGACCUGGAGCAGCUGCUGGCGGGGCUGCAGCUGCUGCUCGCCGACCCUGCCCCCUGCGUGCGCGCCACGGCCGCCGAGACCCUGGGCCGCCUGGUCAAGUUCGCCUGACGCUGCCCACAAGCCCGGCGGGGGUGGCCCCACCCUCCC